AUGAAGUUUGGCAAGAAGAGCCGUUACGUCUGCCGGUCGAACGACAAGACCGAUGCAGCCUACUGCAUCGCCGUCGCCGUUUCAUCGUUCGACGGCUACGUGAGCGAGGUCAUUCUCGCCGAGUUCGCUGGGGUCGAGGCGAAAGUGAUGGAGCGAUAUAAGGCGGACUGGGAGGUGGCGCGCUUGAUUCAGUGCGGCAUGUGGAUGAUCAUGUGGAGCCGUGGCGCAAACGUCUUCCGCGACAGGUUCCAAGAGGUCGUCAACGAGUACAACAGGAUAACCAAGGAGGGCCGUGCAGCUCUUAAUGCAGCUCUUGGUCCGGCGCUGUGGUUCCUCGACCUGCCGGAGUCGACCGAUCCCGAGAAGGCCGCCAAGAACAAUAUGGCGAGCGACAUGAUCGCGCGCGCGGCGAUGUGUGCCGCCUACGCACCUGUGGUCGCGAAAGUCUCGCCCAUCCCGGGCGUCACGUCGGAGCGGUUGUCGGCCAUCCUCGCCGGAACUGCGUGCGCGGUGUGGUGCUUUUUGGAGACCAAUGCCACGCCGGAACAAGCGGCAGGCGAAGGGGGGGCGGCAGCCACCGUCCGCGGAGCGUCCGCUGCGUUCGCGAGUCGGUGCAAGAGCGUCAUCGAGGCGGUGCUUCAGCAGGCGUCCGCUCGGGAGGUCGGCGAAGAGGAGGUCGCCGAAACGGUGACGAAGGACCUGCAGGCGGCUGUGGUGAGGUCGCUGCCUGAGGGCGGAGAGGAGCGCGAGCACGACGAGCUUAUCGCCCGUGUCAUGAUCGAGAACCUCGCCUUCUGGGGGGAGUGCUAUGUCGGAGGCCCGAAGCUCAGGGCUCGCGGCGUCGCCUUGCCUGUCGACCCCGCAAUGAGGAUUAUCGUUCGGGACAGGGGGGCGAGGGGCCAGCACAAAGGGAAGCAGGUCGUGGACGCAUAG